AGAGGCAGCGAUCCGCCGCAGCUCCCCGCCGCUACUCCCAAAGUCGGCUGCUGGCUGCCCGGACAUGUCCUGACAAACUUGGCUCCUCGUCGGCCCUCUCCACCCAGCCCUCGCGCGCUCCAUCUCGCCUCCUUUCGGAGCUCAAGUUGCACCCAGGACGGGAGCUCCCCGGGAUGCCACCCCCUGGGUCCGGGCUGCACGGACGCACCCCACUCCGGCUGGGGACAUGCUGAAGACCGCAGGGAGGCAAAGUUGGUACUUCAGACGCGGUUUUGAAUAAAUAGCCAAGCCACUUGGGGAUUACGCAGCUGCCCAGGACUUGAGAGCGAAGCACCGACGUGUCGGCUGGACCGAUUCCUGAGAGUUAAGCAAUGGGGAGACAUUUGGCCUUGCUUCUGCUUCUGCUCCUCCUCCUCCAGCAUUUUGGAGACAGUGAUGGAAGCCAAACACUUGAACAGACACCUAUACAGUUUACACAUUUCCAGUACAAUGUCACUGUGCAUGAGAACUCCGCAGCUAAAACCUAUGUUGGACACCCUAUAAAGAUGGGCAUUUACCUUACAAAUCCUCUGUGGGAGUUAAGAUACAAAAUUGUCUCUGGAGACAAUGAAAACCUAUUUAAAGCUGAAGAAUACAUCCUUGGAGAUUUUUGCUUUCUAAGAAUAAGGACCAAAGGAGGAAAUACAGCUAUUCUUAAUAGGGAAGUGAAAGAUCAUUACAUCUUGAUAGUCAAAGCAGUUGAAAAAAAUACUAAUGCUGAAGCACGCACAAAGGUCAGGGUGCAAGUGUUGGAUACAAAUGACUUGAGACCAUUAUUCUCCCCCACCUCUUACAGUGUCUCUUUACCUGAAAACACAGCCAUCCGGACCAGCAUUGCAAGAGUCAGUGCCACAGAUGCAGACAUAGGAACCAAUGGAGAAUUUUACUACAGUUUUAAAGACCGAACAGACAUGUUUGCUAUUCACCCAACCAGUGGUGCAGUGGUUUUAACUGGUAGACUUGAUUACACAGAGACCAAGCUCUAUGAGAUGGAGAUUCUUGCUGUGGACCGUGGAAUGAAAUUGUAUGGUAGCAGUGGCAUCAGCAGCAUGGCCAAGCUAACAGUUCAUGUAGAACAGGCCAACGAAUGUGCUCCCGUGAUAACAGCAGUGACAUUGUCACCAUCAGAACUGGACAAGGACCCAACGUAUGCAAUCGUAACAGUGGAUGACUGUGAUCAGGGUACCAAUGGGGAAAUCGCUUCUUUAAGCAUUGUGGCAGGUGACCUCCUCCAGCAGUUUAGAACAGUGAGGUCUUCUCCAGGGAGUAAAGAAUAUAAAGUCAAAGGAAUUGGUGGCAUCGAUUGGGACAGUCAUCCUUUUGGCUAUAACCUGACACUACAGGCUAAAGAUAAAGGAACUCCUCCCCAGUUCUCGUCUGUGAAAGUAAUUCAUGUGACCUCUCCACAGUUUAAAGCCGGGCCAGUCAGGUUUGAAAGGGAUGUUUACAGAGCAGAAAUUAGUGAAUUUGCCCCUCCCAACACACCUGUGGUUAUGGUAAAAGCCACGCCUGCUUAUCCUCAUUUGAGGUAUGUUUUUAAAAGUACACCUGGAAAGGCUAAAUUCAGUUUAAAUCACAACACUGGUCUCAUUUCCAUUUUGGAACCAGUUAAAAGACAACAGGCAUCCCAUUUUGAACUUGAAGUAACAACCAGUGACAGAAGAGCCUCCACCCGAGUCUUGGUUAAAAUCUUAAAUGCAAAUGGUAAUGCUCCUGAAUUUACCCAGACAGCUUACAAAGCAUCUUUUGAUGAGAAUGUGCCCAUUGGUACUACUGUCAUGAGCAUCAGUGCCUUAGACCCUGAUGAGGGUGAGAAUGGAUAUGUGACUUACAGUAUUGCCAAUUUAAAUCACGUGCCAUUUGUGAUUAACCAUUUUACUGGUGCUGUGAGUACUUCAGAAAGCUUGGACUAUGAGCUCAUGCCUCGGGUUUAUACUCUGAGGAUUCGAGCAUCAGACUGGGGCUUGCCAUACCGUCGAGAAGUCGAAGUCCUUGCUACUGUAACUCUCAAUAACUUGAAUGACAACACACCCUUAUUUGAGAAAAUAAAUUGUGAAGGAACAAUUCCCAGGGAUCUUGGUGUGGGAGAGCAAAUAACUACUGUGUCUGCUAUUGAUGCUGAUGAGCUUCAGCUGGUACGAUAUCAAAUUGAAGCUGGAAACGAACUAGAUUUGUUUAGCUUAAAUCCCAACUCUGGGGUAUUGUCACUUAAACAAUCACUAAUGGAUGGCUUAGGUGCAAAGGUGUCUUUUCAUAGUUUGAGAAUUACAGCUACAGAUGGAGAAAAUUUUGCCACACCCUUGUAUAUCAAUCUAACUGUGGCUGCCACUCGCAAGCCAGUCAGCUUGCAGUGUGAAGAGACUGGAGUUGCCAAAAUGCUGGCUGAGAAGCUCCUGCAGGCAAAUCGGUUACACAACCAGGGAGAGGUGGAGGAUAUUUUCUUUGACUCUCACUCUGUCAAUGCUCAUGCACCACAGUUUAGAAGCACUCUUCCAACUGCCAUUGCAGUAAAGGAAAACUACCCUGUGGGUUCCAGCAUAAUUUCCAUGAAUGCCUCUGACCUUGACACUGGCUUCAAUGGAAAACUAGUCUAUGCUAUUUCUGGAGGAAAUGAGGAUAGUUGCUUCACUGUUGACAUGGACACAGGAAUGCUAAAAAUUUUAUCUCCACUUGACCGUGAAACAACAGACAAAUAUACCCUGAAUAUUACAGUAUACGACCUUGGUAUACCACAGAAAGCUGCCUGGCAUCUUCUAGACAUCAGAGUUUUGGAUGCCAAUGAUAAUCCACCAGAGUUUUUACAAGAGAGCUAUUUUGUUGAAGUGAGUGAAGACAAGGAGGUUAAUAGUGAAAUCAUCCAGGUGGAAGCCACAGAUAGAGAUCUAGGACCCAAUGGACAUGUGACAUACUCGAUUCUUACAGACACAGAUAAGUUUUCCAUUGACAGUGUUACUGGUGUUAUUAAGAUUGCAUACCCUUUGGAUCGCGAAAUACAGCGUGUGCAUUACUUAAAGAUUGAAGCCAGGGAUCAAGCCAAAGAAGAACCUCAGUUGUUUUCUACUGUACUUUUGAAAGUAUCAUUAGAGGAUGUUAAUGACAACCCACCUAAGUUCAUUCCACCUAAUUACCGUGUGAAAGUUCGAGAGGACCUUCCAGAAGGAACCAUAAUCAUGUGGUUAGAGGCCUAUGAUCCUGAUUUAGGUCAGUCUAGUCAAGUAAGAUACAGCCUUAUGGACCACGGAGAAGGAAACUUUGAUGUGGAUAAACUCAGUGGAGCAGUUAGGAUUAUCCAGCAGUUGGACUUUGAGAAGAAGCAAGUAUAUAAUCUCACCGUGAGGGCCAAAGACAAAGGGAAGCCAGUUUCUUUGUCUUCCACUUGCUUUGUUGAAGUGGAAGUAAUUGAUGUGAAUGAGAACUUACACCCACCAGUGUUUUCCAGCUUUGUGGAGAAGGGCGUUGUGAAAGAAGAUGUGCCUCUUGGUUCAUCGGUCAUCACCGUAUCGGCUCGAGAUGAGGACACAGGAAGAGAUGGAGAUAUCCGAUAUUCCAUUAGAGAUGGUUCUGGCAUUGGUGUUUUCAAAAUAGAUGAAGAAACAGGCGUCAUAGAGACCUCAGAUCGACUGGACCGGGAGACGACUUCCCAUUACUGGCUAACUGUCUAUGCCACCGACCAGGGUGUUGUGCCUCUGUCAUCAUUUAUAGAGAUCUACAUAGAGGUCGAGGAUGUCAAUGACAAUGCACCACAGACAUCAGAGCCUGUUUAUUAUCCAGAAAUUAUGGAAAAUUCUCCCAAGGAUGUAUCUGUGGUCCAAGUUGAGGCUUUUGAUCCAGAUUCUAGCUCUAAUGACAAGUUAACAUAUAAAAUUACAAGUGGAAACCCACAAGGAUUCUUUUCAAUACAUCCCAAAACAGGUCUCAUCACAACUACAUCAAGGAAACUAGACCGAGAACAGCAAGAUGAACACAUAUUGGAAGUCACUGUGACAGACAAUGGCAGCCCCCCCAAAUCAACCAUUGCAAGAGUAAUCGUGAAAAUUCUUGAUGAAAAUGACAACAAACCCCAGUUCCUGCAAAAGUUCUACAAAAUCAGACUUCCAGAACGGGAAAAACCAGAACGAGAAAGGAAUGCUAAGCGAGAGCCUAUAUAUCGUGUUAUAGCUGCAGACAAAGAUGAAGGUCCCAAUGCAGAAAUCUCCUACAGCAUUGAAGAAGGAAAUGAGAUUGGCAAGUUUUUUAUUGAGCCAAAAACUGGAGUGGUUUCAUCCAAGAAGUUUUCUGCAGCUGGAGAAUAUGAUAUUCUUUCAAUUAAGGCAGUUGAUAAUGGUCGCCCCCAAAAGUCAUCAACCACUCGUCUCCAUAUUGAAUGGAUCCCCAAACCCAAACCAUCUCUGGAACCAAUUUCAUUUGAGGAAUCAUUUUUUACCUUUACUGUAAUGGAAAGCGAUCCUGUUGCUCACAUGAUUGGGGUGAUAUCUGUUGAGCCUCCUGGCACUCCUCUUUGGUUUGACAUCACUGGUGGCAACUAUGAUAGCCACUUUGAUGUGGACAAGGGCACUGGAACCAUCAUCAUUGCCAAACCUCUUGAUGCAGAACAGAAAUCAAACUAUAACCUCACAGUGGAGGCUACUGAUGGAACCACCACUAUACUCACUCAGGUAUUCAUCAAAGUAAUAGACACAAAUGACCAUCGUCCCCAAUUUUCUACAUCAAAGUACGAAGUUGUUAUUCCUGAGGACACAGUACCAGAAACAGAAAUUCUGCAAAUCAAUGCUGUGGAUAAGGAUGAGAAAAACAAACUGAUCUAUACUCUGCAGAGUAGUAUAGAUCCAUUGAGUCUCAAGAAAUUUCGUCUUGAUCCUGCAACUGGCACUCUUUACACUUCUGAGAAGCUUGAUCAUGAAGCCAUUCACCAGCAUAUUCUCACUGUCAUGGUACGAGAUCAAGAUGUCCCUGUAAAGCGCAACUUUGCAAGGAUUGUGGUCAAUGUCAGCGACACAAAUGACCAUGCCCCCUGGUUCACGAGCUCCUCAUACAGAGGACGGGUUUAUGAAUCAGCAGCUGUCGGCUCAGUUGUGUUGCAGGUUACAGCUCUGGACAAGGACAAAGGGAAAAAUGCUGAAGUGAUCUACUCUAUUGAAUCAGGAAAUAUUGGAAAUUCCUUCACAAUUGAUCCUAUCUUGGGCUCUGUAAAAACUGCCAAAGAAUUAGAUCGAAGUCAUCAAGUGGAAUAUGAUUUGAUGGUAAAGGCUACAGAUAAAGGCAACCCACCAAUGAGUGAAAUCACUUCUGUGCAUAUCCUGGUCACAAUUGCUGACAAUGCCUUUCCUAAGUUUACAUCAAAAGAAUAUUCUGUUGAAAUUAGUGAAACUAUCAGCAUUGGGAGUUUCGUUGGAAUGGUUACAGCCCACAGUCAAUCAUCAGUGGUAUAUGAAAUAAAAGAUGGAAAUAUAGCUGAUGCUUUUGAUAUUAAUCCACAUUCUGGAAGUAUCAUCACUCAGAAAGCCCUGGAUUUUGAAACUUUGUCCAUUUAUACAUUGACAAUACAAGGGACCAACAUGGCUGGUUUGUCUACUAACACAACUGUUCUAGUGCAUCUUCAGGAUGAAAAUGACAACUUGCCAGUUUUUAUGCAAGCAGAAUAUAUAGGACUGAUUAGUGAAUCAGCUUCAAUUAACAGUGUGAUCCUAACAGACCAGAAUGUGCCAUUAGUGAUUCGUGCCACUGAUGCUGAUAAAGAAUCAAAUGCUUUGCUUGUUUAUCACAUUGUUGAACCAUCCAUACACCCAUAUUUUGCUAUUGAUUCUAGCACUGGUGCUAUUCAUACAGUACUAAGUUUGGAUUAUGAAGAAACAAGUACUUUCCAUUUUACUGUGCAAGUGCAUGACAUGGGAACACCACGCUUAUAUGCCGAAUAUGCAGCUAAUGUGACUAUCCAUGUAAUUGACAUUAAUGACUGUCCUCCUGUGUUCUCCAAAUCAUUAUAUGAAGCAUCUCUUUUGCUGCCAACAUACAAAGGAGUAAAAAUCAUCACAGUAAAUGCUACAGAUGCUGAUUCAAGAGCGUUCUCACAGUUAAUGUAUUCCAUCACCGAAGGCAACAUCGGGGAGAAGUUCCUUAUGGACUACAAGACUGGCACCAUAACUGUACAAAACACAACACAGUUAAGAAGUCGCUAUGAGUUGACUGUCAGAGCAUCUGAUGGCAGAUUUGCAAGCUUUACCUCUGUGAAAAUUAAUGUGAAAGAAAGCAAGGAAAGUCAACUAAAGUUUACCCAAGAUUUCUACUCUGCAAUAGUGAAAGAGAAUUCCACGGAAGCCAGGACAUUAGCUGUCAUCACAGCUAUUGGAAAUCCAAUUAAUGAGCCUUUGUUUUAUCAUAUCCUCAACCCAGAUCAAAGAUUUAAAAUAAGCCGCACAUCGGGAGUUCUGUCAACCACUGGCAUUCCCUUUGACCGUGAGCAGCAGGAGGCAUUUGAUGUGGUGGUAGAGGUGACUCAGGAACAUAAGCCUUCCGCAGUGGCCCAUGUUGUUGUGAAGGUCACCGUAGAAGACCAAAAUGAUAAUGCACCUGUGUUUGUCAACCUCCCUUACUAUGCUGUUGUGAAAGUGGACACUGUGGUAGGCCAUGUUAUUCGCUAUGUUACUGCUGUGGACAGAGACAGUGGCAGAAAUGGGGAAGUGCAUUACUACCUCAAGGAACACCAUGAGCACUUUCAAAUUGGAUCUGCAGGUGGAAUUUCACUGAAAAAACAGUUUGAACCUGACACCUUAAAUAAAGAAUAUCUUGUCACGGUGGUGGCAAAAGAUGGAGGAAAUCCAGCUUUUUCAGCUGAAGUUAUAGUUCCAAUCACUGUUAUGAAUAAAGCCAUGCCUGUCUUUGAAAAACCUUUCUACAGUGCAGAGAUUCCAGAGAAUAUCCAGAUGCACAGCCCCGUGGUCCACGUACAAGCCAACAGUCCCGAAGGGUUGAAAGUGUUCUACAGCAUCACAGAUGGAGAUCCUUUUAGCCAGUUUACUAUUAACUUCAACACUGGAGUGAUCAAUGUUAUAGCUCCCCUGGAUUUUGAGUCCCAUCCAGCAUAUAAACUCAGCAUACGAGCAACUGACUCCUUGACGGGUGCUCAUGCUGAGGUGUUUGUUGACUUAAUAGUAGAAGACAUCAAUGAUAAUCCUCCUGUGUUUGUCCACCAGUCCUAUGCUGCCACCCUGUCUGAGGCAUCUGUCAUUGGAACUUCUGUCAUUCAAGUUAGAGCAACAGAUUCUGAUUCAGAACCAAAUAGAGGCAUUUCAUACCAUAUGUUUGGGAAUCACAGCAAGAGUCAUGAACAUUUUCACAUAGAUAGCAGCUCUGGUCUCAUUUCACUGGUCAGAACUUUGGAUUAUGAGCAGUUCCAGCAGCACAAGAUUUUUGUAAAGGCUGUUGACAGUGGUAUGCCCCCCUUGAGCAGUGAAUUGAUUGUCACAGUGGACGUCACUGACCUCAACGAUAAUCCGCCUCUGUUUGACCAACAGAUUUAUGAAGCCAGAAUCAGUGAGCAUGCCACACAUGGGCAUUUUGUCACCUGUGUAAAAGCCUAUGAUGCAGAUAGUUCAGACCUAGACAAGUUGGAAUAUUCCAUUCUGUCUGGAAAUGAUCAUAAGAACUUUGUCAUUGACAGUGAAAGCGGGAUCAUCACUCUCUCCAACAUGCGCCGCCACACCUUGAAGCCAUUUUACAGUCUUAAUAUUUCUGUUUCUGAUGGGGUUUUUAGAAGUUCAGCUCAGGUUCAUGUAACUGUAAUUGGAGGCAAUUUGCACAGUCCUGUUUUUCUUCAGAAUGAAUAUGAAGUAGAGCUUGCUGAAAAUGCUCCCUCACAUACCUUAGUGAUGGAGGUUAAAGCAGUUGAUGGGGAUUCUGGUAUUUAUGGUCAUAUCACUUACCAUAUUGUUAAUGACUUUGCCAAAGACAGAUUUUACACAAAUGAUAGGGGACAGAUACUUACUUUGGAAAAACUUGAUCGAGAAACUCCAGCAGAAAAAGUAAUCUCAAUUCGUUUAAUGGCUAAAGAUGCUGGAGGAAAAGUUGCUUUCUGCACCAUUAAUGUUAUCCUUACAGAUGACAAUGAUAAUGCACCACAGUUUCGGGCAACCAAGUAUGAAGUGAACAUCGGAUCCAGCGCUCCCAAGGGGACAUCCGUCAUUAAAGUUCUUGCAAGUGAUACUGACGAGGGAUCCAAUGCCGAUGUCACCUAUGCCAUUGAAGCAGAUUCUGAAAGUGUGAAAGAGAAUUUGGAAAUUAACAAACUGUCUGGCAUCAUUACUACAAAGGAGAGCUUAAUUGGCUUAGAAAAUGAGUUCUUUACUUUCUUUGUUAGAGCUGUAGAUAAUGGGUCUCCAUCAAGAGAGUCUGUUGUUCCAGUCUAUGUUAAAAUACUUCCACCAGAAAUGCAACUUCCAAAAUUUUCAGAACCAUUUUAUACCUAUACGGUUUCAGAAGACAUGCCUAUCGGAACAGAAAUAGAUCUCAUCCGAGCAGAACACAGCGGGACUAUUAUUUAUAACCUAAUCAAAGGGAAUACUCCUGAAAGUAAUAGAGAUGAGUUCUUUGUGAUUGACAAACAGAGUGGGAGACUGAAACUGGAGAAGAGUCUAGACCAUGAGACAACGAAGUGGUACCAGUUCUCUGUCCUUGCCAGGUGCUCUCAGAAUGAGUAUGAGGUGGUAGCUUCUGUAGAUGUUAGUAUCCAAGUGAAAGAUGCAAAUGAUAACAGUCCUGUCUUGGAGUCUAACCCAUAUGAGGCAUUUGUUGUUGAAAACAUGCCAGGGGGCAGUAAAGUCAUCCAGAUCAGGGCGUCUGAUCUAGACUCAGGAAGCAAUGGCCAGAUUAUGUACAGUCUAGAUCAGUCACAAAGUUUGGAAGUCAUCGAAUCUUUUACCAUUAACAUGGAAACAGGCUGGAUUACAACCCUAAAGGAACUUGACCAUGAAAAGAGAGACAAUUACCAGAUUAAAGUAGUCGCAUCAGAUCAUGGGGAAAAGGUCCAGCUCUCCUCCACAGCCAUCGUGGAUGUUACUGUCACCGAUGUCAAUGAUAGCCCCCCACGAUUCACCGCUGAGAUUUAUAAAGGGACUGUGAGUGAAGAUGACCCACCAGGUGGUGUGAUUGCCAUCUUAAGUACCACUGAUGCUGAUUCGGAAGAGAUUAACAGACAAGUCACAUAUUACAUAACAGGAGGAGAUCCUUUGGGGCAAUUUGCUAUUGAAAAUAUUCAAAAUGAGUGGAAGGUCUAUGUGAAGAAGCCUCUAGAUAGGGAAAAAAGGGACAAUUAUCUUCUCACUAUAACAGCAACUGAUGGGACCUUCUCGUCAAAAGCUAUAGUUGAAGUAAAAGUUCUUGAUGCAAAUGACAACAGUCCAGUUUGUGAAAAGACUCUGUAUACAGAGACAAUUCCAGAAGAUGCCUUUCCUGGGAAGUUGGUCAUGCAGGUCUCUGCUACAGACGCAGAUAUCCGUUCCAAUGCUGAAAUUACUUACACAUUAUUUGGUCCAGGUGCAGAAAAAUUCAAGCUAAAUCCAGACACAGGUGAAUUGAAAACAUUAGCCCCCCUUGAUCGUGAGGAGCAAGCAAUUUAUAAUCUUGUAGUCAAGGCCACAGAUGGAGGAGGAAGAUCCUGUCAGGCUAAUAUUGUGCUGACAUUGGAAGAUGUAAAUGAUAAUGCCCCUGAAUUCUCUGCUGACCCCUACACCAUCACUGUGUUUGAAAACACGGAGCCUGGAACGCUGUUGACGAGAGUCCAGGCCUCAGACGCGGAUGCAGGAUUGAAUCGAAAGAUUUCCUACUCACUGAUUAAUUCUGCUGAUGGGCAGUUCUCCAUUAAUGAAUUAUCUGGAAUCAUUCAAUUAGAAAGGCCUUUGGAUAGAGAGCUGCAGGCAGUAUACACUCUUACUUUGAAAGCUGUAGAUCAGGGUUUGCCAAGAAGAUUGACAGCUACUGGCACUGUUGUUAUAUCAGUUUUGGAUAUAAAUGACAACCCACCGGUGUUUGAAUACCGUGAAUAUGGUGUCACAGUGUCUGAGGACAUCCUUAUUGGAACAGAAGUUCUUCAAGUGUAUGCGGCAAGUCGGGACAUUGAAGCAAAUGCAGAAAUCACUUACUCAAUAAUGAGUGGAAAUGAACAUGGAAAAUUUAGCAUAGAUUCUAAAACAGGGGCCAUCUUUAUCAUUGAGAAUCUGGAUUAUGAAAACUCUCACGAAUAUUACCUGACUAUAGAAGCCACCGAUGGGGGUACGCCUUCACUAAGUGAUGUUGCAACUGUGAACAUUAAUGUGACCGAUGUCAAUGAUAACACCCCAGUGUUCAGCCAGGACACAUACACAGCGGUCAUCAGUGAAGACGCUCUUCUGGAGCAGCCUGUCAUUACUGUUAUGGCUGAUGAUGCUGAUGGACCUUUGAACAGCCACAUCCACUAUUCAAUUAUAGACGGCAACCAAGGAGGUCCAUUUACCAUUGACCCAUCCAAGGGAGAAGUAAAAGUAACCAAACUUCUAGACCGAGAAACAAUUUCAGGUUACACGCUCACCGUUCAGGCUUCUGACAAUGGCAGUCCGCCCAGAGUCAACACGACCACGGUCAACAUCGAUGUGUCGGAUGUCAAUGACAAUGCUCCGGUCUUCUCCCAGGGGAACUACAGCGUCAUUGUGCAGGAAAAUAAGCCCGUGGGCUCCAGUGUACUGCAGCUGGUGGUAACAGACAAGGACUCUUCGCAUAACGGUCCCCCCUUCUUCUUUACUAUCGUGAGUGGAAAUGAUGACAAGGCAUUUGAAGUGAACCAGCAGGGAGUCCUCCUGACUGCAGCUGCUAUGGAGAGAAAAGUGAAAGAUCAUUACUUACUGCAUGUGAAGGUGGCAGAUAAUGGAAAGCCUCAGUUGUCAUCUCUGACAUAUAUUGACAUUAGGGUAAUUGAAGAGAGCGUCUAUCCUCCUGCAAUUUUGCCACUAGAGAUUUUCAUUACCACUUUCGGAGAGGAAUACUCAGGUGGUGUCAUUGGAAAGAUUCAUGCUACAGACCAGGACAUUUAUGACACUUUAACCUACAGUCUUGAUCCACAAAUGGACAACCUCUUCUCUGUUUCCAGCAUGGGGGGUAAGCUGAUAGCACACAAAAAACUCGAUAUAGGGCAGUACCUUCUCAACGUCAGUGUAACAGAUGGGAAAUUUACAACAGUGGCUGACAUCACGGUGCGCAUCAGACAGGUAACACAGGAGAUGUUGAACCACACUAUUGCCAUCCGCUUUGCCAACCUCACGCCAGAAGAAUUUGUUGGUGACUACUGGCGCAACUUCCAGCACAAUUUACGGAACAUCUUGGGUGUGAAGAGGAGGAGCGACAUACAGAUUGUUAGUUUGCAACCCGCUGAACCCCAGCCACAUCUGGAUGUUCUACUUUUUGUAGAGAAAUCAGGUAGUGCCCAGGUUUCAGCAAAACUUCUCUUGCACAAGAUUAAUUCUUCCGUGACUGAUAUUGAAGAAAUCAUCGGUGUUAGGAUAUUAGGUGUAUUCCAGAAGCUCUGUGCAGGACUGGAUUGCCCAUGGAAAUUCUGUGAUGAAAAGUUGUCUGUGGAUGAAAAUGUGAUGUCAACGCAUAGCACGGCCAGACUGAGUUUUGUGACUCCGCGCCACCGUCGGACAGCUGUGUGUCUCUGCAAAGACGGAAAAUGCCCACGUAUUCAUCAUGGAUGUGAAGAUAGUCCGUGCCCUGAAGGAUCUGAAUGUGUCACUGAUCCCAGAGAAGAGAAGUACACCUGUGUCUGUCCAGGUGGCAAGUUUGGUCAGUGUCCAGGGAGUUCAUCUCUAACAUUUACUGGAAAUAGCUUUGUGAAGUAUCGUCUAAUGGAAAAUGAAAACAAAUUAGAAAUGAAACUCUCCAUGAAGCUCAGAACAUACUCGGCUCAUGCAGUUGUGAUGUAUGCGCGAGGCACUGACUACAGCAUCUUGGAGAUUCAUAAUGGAAGGCUACAGUACAAAUUUGACUGUGGAAGUGGCCCUGGAAUUGUCUCUGUUCAGAGCAUUCAGGUCAAUGAUGGGCAGUGGCAUGCAGUAUCUCUUGAAGUGAAUGGAAACUAUGCCAGAUUGGUUUUGGACCAAGUCCACACUGCCUCAGGCACAGCCCCGGGGACUCUGAAAACCCUAAAUCUGGAUAACCAUGUGUAUUUUGGUGGCCAUCUCCGUCAGCAAGGAACACGGCAUGGAAGAAGCCCCCAAGUUGGAAAUGGCUUUAGGGGCUGUAUGGAUGCUAUUUAUUUGAAUGGGCAGGAGCUCCCUUUAAAUAACAAACCAAGAAGCUAUGCACACAUUGAAGAAUGGGUGGAUGUGUCGCCUGGGUGCUUAUUAAUGGCUACAGAAGACUGCUCGAGUAACCCCUGCCAAAACGGAGGCGUUUGCAAUCCUUCACCCACUGGAGGUUAUUAUUGCAAAUGUGAUUCCUUGUUCAUCGGGACAUACUGUGAGGUGAGCGUCAAUCCGUGCUCUUCCAACCCAUGUCUUUACGGUGGUACAUGCAUCAUGGACAAUGGAGACUUUGUUUGCCAAUGUAGAGGAUUAUAUACUGGUCAGAGGUGCCAGCUUAGUCCCUACUGCAAAGAUGAACCCUGUAAAAAUGGUGGCACAUGUUUUGAUAGUUUGGAUGGUGCUGUCUGUCAGUGUGAUUCAGGUUUUACGGGAGAAAGGUGUCAGAGUGACGUUGAUGAAUGUGCUGAAAACUCACCCUGCCAUAACGGGGCCCUUUGUGAGAACACACAUGGCUCCUACCACUGUAACUGCAGCCAGGAGUACAAAGGGAAGCACUGUGAGGAUGCUGCUCCCAAUCAAUACGUGUCCACGCCGUGGAAUAUUGGGGUGGCUGAAGUAAUAGGGAUUAUUGUGUUUACAAUGGGGAUAUUUUUACUGGUGGUGGCCUUUGUUCUGUGCCGCAAGAUGAUUAGUCGGAAGAAGAAACAUCAGGCCGAACCUGAAGACAAACAUUUGGGACCAGCCACAGCUUUCUUACAAAGACCAUAUUUUGAUUCAAAGCUAAAUAAGAACAUAUACUCAGACGUACCACCCCAGGUGCCAGUCCGUCCCAUUUCCUACACUCCAAGCAUUCCGAGCGACUCUAGAAACAACCUUGACCGAAACUCUUUUGAAGGAUCUGCUAUCCCAGAGCAUCCUGAAUUCAGUACCUUUAACCCCGAGUCUGUGCAUGGACACCGGAAAGCCGUGGCUGUCUGUAGUGUGGCCCCAAACCUGCCUCCACCACCCCCUUCCAACUCACCUUCUGACAGCGACUCCAUACAGAAGCCCAACUGGGACUUCGACUAUGAUACUAAAGUCGUGGAUCUUGACCCCUGUCUCUCCAAGAAGCCUCUAGAAGAAAAGCCUUCUCAUCCCUACAGCACCCGGGAAAGCCUGUCUGAAGUGCAGUCCCUUAGCUCCUUUCAGUCUGAAUCGUGCGAUGACAAUGAGUCUUUGGCUGCUCCUGACCUCAGCAAAUCAAGAGGGUAUCACUGGGAUACAUCGGAUUGGAUGCCAGCUGUUCCUCUGCCAGAUAUUCAAGAGUUCCCUAAUUACGAGGUUAUUGAUGAGCAGACACCCCUGUACUCAACUGACCCAAAUGCCAUCGAUGAUACAGACUAUUACCCUGGAGGCUAUGACAUUGAAAGUGAUUUUCCGCCUCCCCCAGAAGACUUCCCUGCUCCUGAUGAACUACCACCUUUGCCUCCUGAAUUCAGUGAUCAGUUUGAAUCCAUUCACCCUCCUAGAGACAUGCCUGCUGCCGGUAGUUUGGGCUCUUCAUCAAGAAACCGGCAGAGGUUCAACUUGAAUCAGUAUCUGCCCAAUUUCUAUCCCGCCGACAUGUCUGAACCUCAAAAACCUGGCACUGGUGAGAAUAGUGCUUGUAGAGAACCCUACACCCCUUACCCUCCGGGGUAUCAAAGAAACUUUGAAGCCCCCACUGUAGAAAACAUGCCCAUGUCUGUGUACGCCUCCACAGCUUCCUGCUCUGACGUGUCGGCGUGCUGUGAAGUGGAGUCUGAGGUCAUGAUGAGUGACUAUGAGAGCGGAGACGACAGCCACUUUGAAGAGGUGACAAUUCCACCACUAGAUUCGCAACAGCAUACGCAGGUCUGACGCGCAGACUCCCCCCAAAGUGCCUGGACUUUAAUAACCCUAGUUAUUAUAUAAAUGAUCCUCUGCACUGUUCUCUGCCGCAGUGCGCCGCGCUUCUCCUCUGUGAGCUAGAAUGGGCAUGGCUGCACUGUGCCACGCGCCUCUGGACCUUCAGCCAUUUCCAGUGUCCUAACCUACUGUAAUCGGAUGAGCUUUAUGUUGGCUGUGCCACUUCCUAACAUCUGUCUGGAUUACAUUUGUCUGUGUUAAAAAUAAUGAAAUGAAAAUCAGCCCUGCCAUCUUGUUAGCAUGAUUCGUGUAUUUAUAUAGAUUUGAUUAUUUUAAUUUUCCUGUCUUUUUUUUUCUGUAAAUUUCAUGUACAGUUUUGAUUUUUCAUAGUUUUAAGUAGAUUUCCAAGAUACUUUGUGCUUUUAUUUUUGACCGCAUUUUGGUGGUGUUAGCAUCAUCAUCUAGCACCCUGAUUUUUUUUUUUUAUAUAACCAGGGUUUCACACUUUGUCCUUUUUCCACUGAAGUAUGACAUUUCAUAAGUACAUUUCAGUAGUCAUUUAUUUUUAGCUGUACAUAGGAUGAGAAAGAUCCGAUACAUGGACAUGUCUUAAAUGGGUUGCUGUAUUUUAGAAUUAUAAACAUUUUUCAUUAUUGGAAAGUGUAACGGGGACCUUCUGCAUACCUGUUUAGAACCAAAACCACCAUGACACAGUUUUUAAAGUGUCUGUAUAUUUGUGAUGCAAUGGUCUUGUAAAGGUUUUUACUGAAAACAACCAUUAGCCAGUCUUUCUUACUGACAAUAAAUUAUUAAUAAAAUA